AUGGCACACUGGCGGUCACAACCCGCUGCCAUGAUGGGCGCCUCCGAGCCCAGCCGUGCGCGUCGCAUUUCUCCCGAUAUGGUGACAGACGCCGGCGACUUGAGCGGCGUUGGCGCGUUUAGAAGCAGUCAGUCGACCCACCGUCCGCAGGUCUACGUACAUGUCGAGUUCGGUAUCUCUUGGCCUUCGCGCCACGUACCAAACAACCAUGUGUUUACAUACAAGUCGCGUGGCUUGCGUGACCGGCGUGCUAACUUUCCGCGAGAAGCUCCGGAGCCAUCGACACACUAUCUGUCCAGCAGUGCUCCACCUGUCUCGCAACCAGGCUACUUUCCGUCCUUUGAUGGGUUUGCCACGCCGCAACACCGUGGCCAGCAGAAGCAACGCGAACGGCACGCCGUGUGGGGGUCUCUUGAGUCACAGAGACGACGAGAGCUUCAGCAGUCUCAGAAUCGCGCCCGGGAAGAGCCAACAUUAUUCCCACAGCAGCACCAACACAGCCAACAACGGAGACGGAAUCAGUUUCAGCAACAACUGCAAUCUCAACCCCUGCCGCAACAGCAAUCUCAACUAUCACAAACAUAUCUCUCCACCAGAUACCAGAAUCGAAUGGGCCUUCCCCCUGUCGAUGAGGAGACGCGCUCAUCGCGAUCCUCCAAGGACUCUCGGUCGUCUCAUGAGCGCGGACACUCAGCGCCGCCACCGCUGAGCGGUAGCCCCUGGGACAUUACGACAGGCGACGCAUCGGGUCUACCGUUAAACGCUGGCGGCAGCAGGUACGCCGGCCCGACUACGGUUGGCCCGGCACGUGCCGGUCAUCCGCAGAUCUGGAAAGCCCUGCCCGAGCUGCCGACUGGCUAUCGACUUGGUGAAGGCCUUCCCUGGUCACAAGGCCUGCCGGAGCCGGGCGUGGAUCCCGAUGACGAGCGGUUGCGCCCGAGGUCACAGCCCGAGGCUGGCGAUUCUUCGUCCAUCCAUCAAUCCCUUGACUACUCACCCUUUCGCCCCUUUACCAACCGCCCGACGGUCCUUCCCAUACAACCAACGGAUUCAGGUGCACAGCGCCAGCUGGACAUUGACACCCAGCGAAAGCGCAACCUCGAGUCCCUCUCCAGCGCCAUGAUGACCAUUGACAACGGGUUUGAAAGCCAAUGGUGGAACCAGGGUGAGCGCCUGAAUACCAACGCACACUCGCCAACCGCCCCGACUCAGUCAGUGUGGCCGUCGGGCAUGUCCUCUUCAGCCCUUCCAGUCUCCCUGGUUUUGCCUCCAUCCCUCCAGGGCGAAUCGGACGACGAAGGACAGUCUACCUCCGCUCCCAUGCCGCAGCAGGCCUCUUCUCUUCCAUCCUCGCCGUCGUCGCCGCGACGCAUCCGCAUGCCUUCGCUUGGCUGGGCCAUUGCCUCAUCGCCAGUGUCUUCAGAACCCACCAGUGGCCCUAUAUUGCCGUCGCCAUCCUCUAUUCUGCCGCGUCACCCGCAACGGGUCAGCAGUCUCGGCAACCACCGCACGAGCCAAUCCAGCCAGAACGUCGUGUCACCCGUUUCCCAGUUCACAGGUAACGACUUAUGGUCGCCUGAAACUCGGAACCGCCAGCUUAGCCGAUCUAUGACGACCCGCUCCGAUGAACUGUUCUUCCCGACUGGUCGAUACGCUUGA